AUGUCAACCGUUGUCCGUCGAGUGCAGUUCCACUCUCAUCGGUCUUUUAAGAAUAAUUUUGUUGAUAAACAGAAAACCCAAAGCGAGAUGUUGGCUCAAAAGAUAGUUGACAUGCUCCCCGGGUCUUCAGUGUCCAGAUCUUUCAAGCGAAGUUUUGGCAUGGAAUGCGACAUAAAUAACCAAACAAACGACCCUAAUCCCCUGUCAUGUCUGUCUCGUGGGGCUCGGAUCAUGAAACGGCCUUCCAGUCCUGCAACAUGCUUUCCAAGAUCAUCAUCUCCCCAGCCUAGUGCCAAUAAAAUUCGGUCAUCCCAUGUCUCACCGGAUAGACCUCGUCAACCCCCGCGCUCUCCACACCACACGGGUAUGCAGGAAUGGCAGGAAAAUACACCACCAACAAAACGUUCUACUGUGAAACUGGAGGAUGUUACCCCUGUUCUCGAGCGUUACGGACUUGGUCGUUCGCUUUCCGCCACAGAACCUCGUGUACUUCGCCCAAGAUCUCCUCUGCAUGCAGCUAGAAGCGAUGUCCACCAACCAUCUACCUCAAGCGGCAGCGCCAAUGUGAUACCAUCCAGGUCUUCUUCACAACGUAAUGACAAAAGCGAGAAAGUUUCCCCCUACCUUACGUCCAGUUAUGAGUAUUAUCAGCCCGACUUUGAUGCACAAAUUGGUAUUUCGUCCCAAAAGACGAGUUCGCAAACGCUGAUUGAAGGGGUUCGAGCAAUUGCCCUGCAAGUUCUAUUCCUGUUGCCUGUGAGAGGCAUUACUGUCGCCCAGGGUUGGCUUCCCUUCUGGCGUGAAGACGACAUUCUAACGAACAAGUACGGUGAUCAAUUGGGGCCGGCCAACUUCCUUCGACCUCGUCCAUCCGUACCGCAGAGGCCUCCUUGCCGUGUGUCGCGCUCAAAACAAUCACGAAGCAAAAAGACAGCUCAGUUGUGCGUCGAAAGUGACGAUGAGGACUACGAAGACACCUCUGACGCGGCCUACAUGUUGCGGCACGCACUUCGUAAUGUUCACGUGAGAAAGGAGGUCCCAAUUAUCGCGUUCGGAACCCUUUUCAUUGCGGUGAGUCGCCCUCCUACCCACCCAGAUGACUCCGGCCAUUCGACCAAAAGCCUGUUCAGAGAUGGGCCAAACAAAUGUGUUUUGUGUGUUCGUGUGUGCGUUUUCGAUGGUCAGUGGCCGUUCCUGCCACAUCUCAGCCUCACACCAUCCUCCAAGUGA